CUCAGUCGAACUUCGUUGACGUUAGCCGGUUGAAACUUUUGAAUGUUUUUUGUCUAUCGUUUAUUUAUAAAGUUUCCAAAAGUUUUGGUUUUUACUUACAGUGAUGUUACUUUCAGCUUUUUUUGUAUACAAUGGAAAAUAACUUGGAUAGCAGUGCUGUCCCCAGUCUCAAUAUUGUAGUUGAAGAAAUUUUUUCUUCUUGCACCAAAACAGGAAGAGAUGUUAUUCCGGCAUCUACUUUAAUAGAAUUUAUGAAACCGCAUAUGUCCGAUCACCUAAUUGGACUUGCCCAGCUCCGUUAUGUUUUGGAUCCCAACAAUGAAAACCCUCUCAUUAAUAGACCAACUUUUUAUGAAGCUAUGAGACGGUGGACAGCUAAGAUGAACGAGAGUGAUAGUAAAUUAUUGAAUAUUUCGUUCAAGGAUACUGAUGUCUUUGAUGGAAAUGUCAUACCUUUUCAUCGAUCCACUCCUAAACCAAGCUUAGAACCAACUGCUAUGAAAAAUUCAAAUGAUUCACUGGACUUUUCUAACUUAUCCCCCACUUCAUUUACUACCAAUACGAAAGAUAAUAGCAUAGGAAUGGACAAACUAUUAUUUAUUGAAGAAAGGUAUCAAGAAUUAGAACACAAGCAUUUGAAUACUAUUAGAGAAUUAGCUUUGUUGAGAACUCAAUUGGCAGCUUCUGAAGAACAAUAUUCUGAACUGAAACAAGAUCUUGAUAGGACCAACAAAAGAUUGAUGUUGGAACAACAAGUGAAUGCUGAUCUACAGAAAAGUAUGGAACAUAAUGAUGAUUUCAGGGAAGAAGUGUGUAACACAAAAAAAGAAAAGGAUCAUUUACACAGAAUGUGGUUAUUAACUAAGAGAGAAAAUGUUAACUUGAUAGCACAAAUCAAAGAUUUAGAAUAUGAGAGGGAAGUUCUGGAUAGGAAGUUAGGUGAAAUGCAACGAAAAGAUGAACAGAAAAAAAAAGAAUUUUUCGACCUUCAGACAUUAUUUGCUCUAUAUGAAGAUGAGAAUAAAUUAUUGAAAAAAUCAAAGGUCGAAUUAGAAGAAAAACUGCAAGAAACAAAAGCUUCACUCGAGCAUUACACAGAAGUUUCAGAGCAUGCACAAAGAGCAGUAACGAUCCUGAAGAACAAAGUUCAAGCUCUUACUACAGCUUACAAGAAGAAAGGAAUUGAAUUGAAUGAGCCGAUUCUUGAAAAAAAUCCUUCAAAUUUAUCCAAUUCCUCAGGUAUUCCUAACUCCCCUUUUCUAUCCCAUGUUACAUCAUCCACUCCUCUUAAGAAACUGCAACACUCCUGGCGUCGUGACUUUGAUUUAUUCACUAGCCCUAAAUUACAACGUCAACUUUCAUCCCCCAUUACUCCAGGUGGUUUAGAUACUCCACAAUUCCUUAAAAACGCUCUUUUGUUCAAUAAAUCGGCAAAUAUUCAAGAAAAUUCCCGUGAUUGUAUUCUGAAGGAUUCAUUGUAUGAUCCUAAGAGGAUGUUAGGAACUAAUUCUUCAAAAUCCGGUCGGUCUAAGAAUUUACCGCCUGUAAGAUCAUCAGGGGAAUCCGUUGAUAUUGAAGAAAAACGUUGCUUUUCUGAAAAAGCAGAAAAUUCUUUACAAUCGGAAAAUUCAAUGUUUGAAACAAUGGAAGAUUUGGAUUUAAGUUCAUUUUCUGAUCAUCUUCGAACCUUUAAUGGACAAGAUCUCCUCAGUGAACUGCAGGAGUGCAAAUUCUUAGACAAUCACAAUAAAUGCUUCAUUGAAGAACAUGCUGAAUUGUUGAAAGCUGUUAAGGAACAUGAAAAUUGUUCACAAAUAAUUGCAAAUAAGGAUAAGGAAAUUGAAUCAAUUGCAGCAGAAUUCAAAGCUGCACAACAUGAAUACAAUAUAUUUUUCAGCAAAUAUAAAAACCUAGAGAAUGAUAUUAAGCGCCUCGAAGAACAAUUAAGGAGCACUAAAAUGGAAAAUGAAGAGCUAAUCAAUAAAAAUGAUAAUUAUAUCUUCGAAAUAACGAACCUCAAGAAAGACUUAGAUACUAAAUUCAAUGAGCUGCAGAAGAUGAUUGUUUUCAAAUCAGAAAAUCAUCAAUUGAUGGAAGAGAUUGAUGAAUUGAAGGACAAGAGGGAAAGAGAUAUAGAAAAAUAUAGUGAAAUUAGAAAUGAAAACGAACAUCUUCAAUCUACUAUCAGUAAACUCAUUAAAGAAAAUGAUGACCUAUUCAAUGAAAAAAAUAACUUGUAUUCAGAGAACAAUAAAUUGAAUAGCCUCAUUGAAAUAAAAGAAAAAGAACUCAAUGAAAUGAAUAAUCUCAAAAUUAGGAACAAAGAAUUGGAAGAAGAGGUCAAGUCAACCAAACUUGAUCUGGAGCAGAAUUGUGAAGAAGUAAAGAUAUUAUCUAAUAAAUUAUUAACAUGCAGAAAUAAUGGAAAAUAUAUCAUAGAGAAACUCAAUACAAAAAUUAAAGAACAGAAUUCAAAGAUUGAAUUCCUAGAAAAUUUCAGUAAGAAACUUCAAGAGUACGUGAAGGAAAUAGAGUCAACAAUUGACACUGAGAAAAAGAGAUUAAACAUGUUGAUGUCAUAUGUUGAAGAAAAUUUUGUUAAUGUGAAAUAUGUUCACAAGGGUGACGAUGAAGAUUCAACAUCAACAGGUAGUAGUGAGAGUAGCGCACAUCAUAGAUCAAAACGCAGUUCUACUAGUGGCAAAAAAUCGAGUUAUGAAAAACAGCAAUUAAAAAUUAAUAAACUUGAAGAAAAAAUUGAAGAACUGAAAAAGCAACUAUAUAAUGAGAAAGCAAUCAAUGAAGAUCUGAAGAAUUUGGAGUAUCAGAUGAAUAAUUUGGAAAUGGAAAAAAUAAGUUUACAGGAAGAAAAGAGCAGUGUUUUGAGAGAACUGGAAGCUUUAAAAUAUGACUUGUCCAUGAAAGAUCAGAUGAUGAAGCAGUUUGAGGAAAAACGUAAUUUUGAUCUGGAGAACCUUAAUCAGUCAUACGAAAAAGAGAUAGAAUUAACAAGAAUAGCCCAGAAAAAGACUCAAAUGAAGGAAAUAUCUCUUAUGGAAGAAAUCGAAGAACUCAAAAAACAGUUGAAUGACGCUCUGGGAGAAAAGAGACUUUUUGAAACUAUUUUGGGAAAACAGGAAGAUAAAAUAAUAACUUUGAAAAAAGCGUUAUCUGAUAUAUCAACUUCAACUGAAGAAACAAAAAAUUUUGAGAUUUUGGUUACAGAAAAAGAAUCUAUGUUGAAAUUCAACAGAGAGCUUUUGCUGAAAUCUAAUAAUUCCUUGAAGCAGGCAGAAAACCGUUGUCUAUUCUUAGAGUUGUUAUUGGAUAAAUGCAAAAUGGUGCUGUUAGAAACUGUGAAUGAUGUACUUAGGUCCACCAUUGAAGUUUUCAAUUCUUAUAGAAAUAUCUUGGAAGAGAAAAGGGUUGAUCCCGAAUUAUUCAUUGGGCUGGAAAUUUUGGAAACUAAAAGUUGUUCUACGGUUGAUGAUUUUACAGAAAAAGAAAUUUGGAACGCACAGGAUAACUUGUUGCUAACUUCAAAACUAUUAAAAGCAAUGGUUUCAGUUAUCAAGGAUCACAGUGAAUGCUCUCAUGAAAAGGAUACAUCUAUCUCCAAGAGCGUUAGUAAAUUUACAUUGCGACCUUCGAAACUACAACUCAAUCGAUUUCCAAGUCGUGAUCCAGAUAUUUCUUCUUCUUCUACCAAAGAUAAUGAACAAGGUCAUACUGAAGAUGCUGAAAAUGACGAAUUGAUAGAAAAAAUGGAACUGAGGGAGAGUGAAAAAAAAGGUUCCAUUGAUAAUUUGAGGGAAAAUGAUUCAGAUAAUUGGCUAGGUCCUUAUUGUGAUGUACUAAGGGAGGAGAUGAACAACCGCAAAGUUACAGAAAAAAAAUUUACCGUUCUUUCUGCAACCUGGAAAUCAAACUUCGAAAAUACAAAGCAGAAAUAUCGAGGUUUGAAACGCCGAUGUACGAAAAUGAGGGAUACUUAUCUUCAUGCACUACUUCAAAUAGUUACUUACAUAAAGAAUCACCAUUGUCACCAGGAGCAGAAAACCCUGAUACAGGCACUAAAAUAUAUAGAAAAAUUGAAAGAUCUUUUGUUCGACGUUUUCAAGCUGGCCGAGCAAUACGGUGCAUCCAGGCAAGAACUACACUCGAUAAAGUGUUGGAAUUUGAUAGUGGAAUAUGUCAACAGAUUACAUCAGGAAAAUGGACUGCUGAAGUUGUACCAGUGCACAAGUGUACAAAUAACUGAUGCUCCUAACACUUCAGCGGAUAAUUGUGAAGAAACAACGGAAUUGAAAAAAUCUUUCAGAUCGGUAGGAGUUGGUGAUUCAAUUAUCGAUGAACAAAACAUUGUGGUGCCAUCACUACCUAUCAACACAAAACGCAGAAAAUGUUCAUCAGGUAUGAUGAUGAUAUCUACAAUAAUGGGUUUAAUAGCGAUGUGCAUCAUUUUUAUUCACAUGGAAUGUAUUAGAAAUGGAAACGACACCAUAAUGUGCCCACUUGACUUCUUUGUUGCCAUUAAGAGGGCUCCGACUGGUCAUUAAGUUAUUGAGUAGAAGGAAGUAAUUUUCCGAAAUGUACCUGUCUUCUUGUAAUUGUAUUAAAAAUUCAAAGUAUUCGAGUUUUUGUGAGUGGUAAUACAUAAUACUGGAAUGAUUUUUCAGUUCAGCCAUUCAUUGGGUUUUUUUAAAAUGUAUAAAGGUUGUAUAUUUGUCAUUAUUGAAAUUCAGUAUUGUUCAUUAUUGUUGAGUUUCAGUGCUCAUAUGUUGGUUAUGGAAAAAUGUUGAUUUUCCAAUUUUGAUUUAUUUUUCUUAUUUGCAUUGUACUAAACCUUAUGUUUUAUGUAAAUAUUCAUUUGAAGAAAUUUUUAUUUCUUCCAAAAUGAAAAUUUUCGAUCGAAUCAAAAGAGAAUCUGUGAUCUUCAAUACUUGCAAAGUUUUUCUUAAUGUGAAGCAUUUGAUUAUAUAAAUUAUUUUUUAUAGUUACUGAAAAUAAAUCUUCAAUAGAUA